GCUCCUCAUAGCAGAGAAGUUCACUGUGUCUGGGUGGGGCAAACAGGUGUGACUACAAGUUGACUCACGGCCACUGGUGACACAGCGGCUCGCAGUGUGUGAGUCCGCCUGCUCUCACUGAGAGCAAAAGUACAGGAACAGACAAGUUCUAUCUGUUAAGGAUUUAACGGCGAAGCGAACCCGUCUUCUGUCAGUCUCUGAACGAUUCAGAGGAUGGCAAAGUUUACAAAAAUGGCGAAUGUUUUAAUUUUCAACAUCUGUCUGAUGCUGAUUCUGGCCCGAGUGGAGUCGUGUUUUAUCCCGAGCUCUCUCUAUGUCCUUGUGCCGCAAACUAUUCCGACUGGAUACGAGAUCACUAAAGUUGAAGUUGCUGACUGCGACACCAAAUCACUGCGCUUUACCUCGAAGGACCCAAAUUUUGCCAUAAAGCCAAAUGGAGCAGUCGUGGCUUUAACUUCAGUGCCUGUGGGAACAAGAGGGCGGACAUUUUCUGUGUGCGCUCAGGACGACAGAGGACCGGAAAGUGAGAUGGAAGUUCACCUUGUCCACAGUGCAUUGCAGGAGAGAGAGCACCAAGGCCAAAGCUACCUGAAGCGUUCCAAAAGAAGGUGGAGUCCCCCACCCUUCAACAUAUUGGAGAAUUAUCCGGGGCCUUUUCCAAAAGAUAUUGAAAAGAUUGUGUCAGAUUCCGAACUCAACCACCAAGUGUACUACACCAUCAGUGGACCCGGUUACGACAAGCAUCCAGUGGGAGUGUUCAAUCUUGACAGAAAGACUGGGAUGUUGACUGUUCUUAAAGCAGUUGAUCGUGAGGAGUUCCCAAGCUUUACAUUGACGACCAAAGUUUUCGACCAACAAACUAAUCAGAUGACUGACGACCCCCUGAACAUCCAAAUAAUCGUGGAUGAUGUGAAUGACAAUGUACCGGAAUUCAAAGACCAGCUGCAGUUUACUGUGCUCGAGCAAAGCAGCCCAGGGACAGAGGUGGGGAAGGUUAACGCUACAGACAGAGACCAAGCAAAUACCCUCCAUGCCGAGAUCAGGUAUUCUCUCUUGAAUGGAUUGGACCUGUUUGCCAUCAACUCAGAGACAGGUGUCAUCACCACAGUAACGAACACCCUGGACAGAGAGGUGAAAGACAAGCAUAUGGUGAUAGUACAAAUCAAGGAUAUGAAAGGUGCAGAUAAUGGGCUGUCCAGGACAGGAACAGCAACAAUUACACUGGGCGAUAUCAACGACAACCCACCAACUUUCACAAAAACAUCUUAUGAAGUCAGCGUCAAAGAAAAUGAAAAUGAAAAACUUAUCCUUCGAAUUCCCGUUGAGGACAAGGAUUUAAUAAACUCACCAAACUGGAUUUCAAAAUUUGUCAUCACUAAAGGAAAUGAAAAUGGAAAUUUCAGGAUCGAUACUGACCCCAAUACAAACGAGGGGCUUCUGUACAUCUCGAAGCCCUUAGAUCACGAGCAGGCCAAAAAUGUAAAGCUUGAGAUUAUGGCACGCAACGAAGCUGAGCUGAAAAACGCCAAAGCCCAGUGGCAGUCCAUCCCUGUGGAUGUCACCGUCACUGAUGUCGAUGAGGGCCCGGAAUUCACAGCUCCUACAAUCCGCUUCAUCGUAAAAGAAAACACACCAAAUGGCACACUUAUAGGAAGUUACACGGCUGUUGAUCCUGAGACCAAGAGCAGUGCGGGCAUCAAGUAUUACAAGGCCGCAGACCCAGCCUCCUGGAUCAGCGUGGACAGAAAUACAGGAGAGCUGAGGGUUGCAAACGUAAUCGACAGAGAGUCACCAUUUGUCCAGAAUGGAAUUUACAACAUCACCAUGAAGGCUGUUGAUACUAGCUCCAAAACAGGCACAGGAACAGUCAUCAUUCAGGUGGAGGAUGUCAACGACAACAAGCCGUUGCUCCCCACCGGUGAGCUGGUGAUGUGUGAAAAAGACGGCUCUGUGAUGGUUGUGGCCGAAGACAAAGACGAGAUUCCCCUCUCUCACCCUUUCACCUUCACUUUGAUGGAAGACAGUAAAGAAAAAUGGUCUCUGCAGACACUGAAUGGCACAACAGCUAUAUUGAAGUCAAAGAAAGAGCUUCCAAUGGGGAUCUACACUGUUGGCAUAGAUGUUAAAGAUCUGCAGGGCUUUGGUGACGUACAGACACUGACAGUAAGAAUCUGCGAGUGCAGGAAUGGAGCCUGCCUGAUUAAGGACAGGUCUGCGACAUUAGGUGGACUGGCUAUACUGGCUAUGCUGCUGCCUCUGGCCCUCCUCCUGCUGCUCUGUAUACUCCUUGCCUUUUUCUGUGUGACAAAGAGAGAGGGGAAGGAAGUCGACUCUAUAGGAGACGUUGGAGGAAAUCUGCUCACGUCAAACACUGAGGGCCGAGGGGAUGAAGUGGAUUCUAGUCUCAUCAAUGUGCCCCCCUUUGGAAUGGGCCAAGCAAUAAAGGGCUCAGUUAAGCAUUCUAUGGCAAAUCCAGGAUGGCAGGGAAUCAAGAGCUCGAGCACACUUGGAGCUCACAGCACACAUGAGAAUUGGGCGUAUAAGUCUGGUGUGGAUAUGCAAGAGAUGUCCUCUGGCCAGUAUAAUAAUCAGUAUGGUGCUCAGUAUGAAGGCCAGUUUGGAAGUGAGUUUUUUAGUAAUAGCAUGGGUUUUGACUCCAGACAACUUGUCCAGGACUCAGCUCUUCUUCACACCUGGCAAACAAAUGGUCGCUAUCUUCAACAGAAGCUGGUCUAUCUGGGAACAGAAGAGGACGGACGGUACGCGGACGACAUCAUCCACUCCUACGGGUUUGAGGGGUUGGGCUCUACAGCUGGCUCUGUGGGAUGCUGCAGUGACUACGGCGACAAUGAUAACCUCGACUUCCUCAACACACUAGGACCAAAGUUCAAAACUCUUGCAGAUGUCUGCACAAAGACAUGAACAAUGAUAAUGGUGUUUACUUUUCACUGUACAGGAUGUACUGAGGCCUGGGAUAUGAAUGCUUGGUAUGCCCCUGAACAUGAAUGAGAACAAACAAGCAGGCGACGCCAGUGUGUGUGCGCGCACUGCUCUGCUACUGCUUUUAGUUGUAAGCUUUUUUAUCGCUGCUUUUUUUUUUUUCUUGGUAAAAGUCUUUUGCACUGAAAAUGUACAUACUGUAUGUUGUGUAUUACUGUGUAUUAACGUGUUGUUUGCCUUUAAAGUCUCUGAGUUCUUUGCAGGGUCAUGGUGGUUGUUGUAUUGAUAUGUACAGUCAAGGGCUGGGGUUUUCUAUCAAUUGGUAUUUUGGUUGUUGUUCACAGGAAAUGAUACACUUUUCAUUUGCGUGGCUGCUUUCAAACUGCUAAAUUUGAUAGUUUUGAUACAUUUUUUAAGAAAAAUAAAUACCUAAACGGAAUACGACAAUAAAACCGCAUUUUUGUAAUAUUUAAUGUGAAACUACGUAAUUUCAAUUUACUCAUACGCAAUAAUGUCGGUUAACGUCCGCUGAUUUUCCAACUCACAUGGUAAAUAUUUGUGCAAACGCACUCCAGUGCAGCUCCUGACUGUCAGCUGGGCGUAGUUUCAGCCCUCCCCUCACUGAAGUUAUUGCAACAUUCUGACAGUAAACGUGCAAGUUAGCACAAGGGCGUGAAUGGGAGGAGUGAGGUGUUACUGACACUGCCUGCAACUGUCUGAAUAAAAGACUUAUCAGACAGAAGGAAAGCUAACCAGCUCAGAAAAAUGUCCUUGAACAUGGUAAUUAAAGUGAGUUUGACGUUCCCAUAUGUGUGUAUUAAGCCGUUAAAGCUGUAAUUAUGCAUUGUCAAUAAAGAAAGAAUUUUUUUUUUUUUUUAAGUAUCAGAUUUUGUUUCAUGCAAGCUUAAUUUAAAACAAAUAAAAUUUUCAAAUGAGA